UAUAUCCUCCCGGUCACCGCGACCGAUCUAGGUGCCUGCCUGUGGAAUGCAUGCCAUCGCCCAGCUUGGAAGUUGAAAGAGCAGCAGCUUUUUGGAUCGUUAUUUAUUCCGUAACAUUUUUGUGCCUCUUCGUUCUUCCCCAAACUCCGCUAAUGGCGGCUCUCUGCACCGCCCCGAGGAACCCUUCUCGCCGAACCAUCGCUUGCUUCAAAAUUUGAUUGGAUAUCUUCUCUCGCUACCCUCCAUCUUAUCAUGGCUUUAAGAGCAAUCAGAACGACCAGCAGCUUUUCCUCUCCCAAACUACUCAUUCCUUCGCUCCCAUUUAACCCUAAUUUCUACUCCGACUCCGCCCCGAUCGAUGCUUUCCUGCCGAGCAUUCAACUAGUCCACCAACUGCUCGACCUAUUCUCCCAUCCACCCAGCCUCCGAGAAAGGAGCGAGGAGCUCAGCCACCUCGGCCGCAGACUGACACCCGAGACGGUCGAGACCGUCCUCAAGGACCUCGAAGGGUGGAGCGCCGCGCAGAAGUUCUUCCGGUGGGCCUCGUGGCAGAACGGGUUCCACCACAACUGCUACACCUACAAUGCCAUGGCCUCCAUCCUCGCCCGGGCCCGCCAACGUGCCCAGCUGAAAGCCCUGGCGGCGGAGGUGGUUUCGGUUCGCUGCCCGAUGACGCCCGGAGCCUUGGGGUUCUUGAUCAGGUGCCUCGGUAAUCAGGGCUUGAUUGAGGAGGCCAAUUUGGUCUUCGACCGUGCCGGGGAUUUGAAUUGCGUUCCAAAUUCAUACACUUAUAACUGUUUGCUCGAGGCCUUGGCUAAGGCCGGUCGGGUCGAAGCAGUGGAAUCAAGAUUCCAGGAGAUGGUGGUUGGUCGCGGAUGGGAGCCUGACAAAUACACCCUUACAUCGGUCUUGCAGACAUACUGCAAUGCCGGGAAGUUGGAGGAGGCGUUGGAAAUCUUCAACAGGAUGAAUGGCAACAGGUGGGUUGAUGGGCAUGUUUUGACGGUCUUGAUUGUCGCAUUUUGCAAGUGGGGAAAGGUUGACAGAGCAUGCGAAUUGAUCCAGCGGAUGGAGGAUUUUGGGAUGAUGCUGAGCGAGAAGACAUUUCACGUCCUGGUCCAUGGCUUUUCGAGGCAGGGGAGAGUGGACAAGGCGCUCGAGAUGUUUGAGAAGAUGAAUGGUUCAGGUUUUCGUGGGGAUUUGGCGCUUUACAGUGUUUUGAUUGAAGGGCUUUGUGAGCGGAAAGAGCUCAUGAGGGCUUUUGGUUUGUAUAUGGAGAUGAAGGACAAUUGUACAUAUCCUGAUGCUCGGUUAAUCAAGAAGAUGAUCUCAACACUCUGCGGGGAAGGAGACUUAGUCAAUGCAAACCAGUUGCUUGAGGAAAAUUUGGAGAUGUUGAAUUUGGGUAGCUUGGUCUCUCUUUACAAUGCAGUUCUAGAUGGGCUAGUUAAUCAUGGUGAUGUAGACAAAGCUCACACGCUACUAAGGGCAAUGAUGGAAUCGCAAAGCUCACAGGCCUCCCAAGUGGAAGUAGAUGAGUAUGCAUUUAGUGAAUUGGGUGCUGCAACUGAAACCCUAUUUCAGAUCAAGAAACCUGUUUGCCCAAAUGCUGAUUCUUUUAAUAUUGUGAUCUGCGGUUUAUGCAAGAUCCAGAAACUGGAUGUCGCUUUAGUUCUUUUGAAUGAUAUGAUCAAAGUAGGUUGUAAAGGGAAAAUUCUGAUGUACAAUAAUUUGAUCAGCGAGCUGUGUAAUGUGGAUAGGUUGGAGGAAAGUUAUGAGCUUUUGAGAAAAAUGAAGGAAUUUGGAUUUACACCCACAGAGUUCACUUACAAUUCCAUAUUUUACUGUCUUUGCAAAAGAAGGGACUUAUCAGGUACCCUUGAGUUGCUUAGCGAGAUGCGAUGUCAAGGAUAUGUGCCAUGGAUAAAGCAUUGCACCAUGAUGGUCCAGCAGCUCUGCCAAAAUGGAAAAGUUGCAGAAGCUUCUGGUUUUUUGGAUGACAUGGUUAAGGUGGGUUUUCUUCCUGACAUGGUUGCUUACUCUGCGGCUAUUGAUGGAAUGUGCAAGAUUGGAGAGGUAGACAAAGCACUGAGCCUCUUCCGUGGUAUAUCUUCAAAUUGUUAUUUACCAGAUGUGGUUGCUCAUAAUAUUUUGAUUAAUGGAUUUUGCAAGGCUGGUAGAAUGAAUGCAGCACAGGAAAUUCUAGAUGAAAUGUUAGAGAAGGGACUUGUGCCUUCUAUAGUUACCUACAAUCUGAUGAUUGAUGGUUGGUGCAAAGCUGACAGGAUUGACAAUGCACUUGCUUGCUUUGCUAAGAUGAUUGAUGAUGCAAGGUCACCCACGGUAGUCACAUACACAAGCUUAAUUGAUGGCUUGUGCAAUAUUGGAAGAGCUGAAGAUGCUCUUUCUUUGUGGAAUGAAAUGAGGGAGAAAGGAUGUCUUCCAAACCAGAUGAGUUACAUGGCUCUUGUCCAUGGUCUAUGCAAGUGUGGUGAUGCAGAUGUAGCUCUUAUCUAUUACAAUGAAAUGAAGGAGAGGGAUUUUCAGCUAGAUACUUCUGUCUAUUUGUUGCUGGUAAACUGUUUGAUUUUGAAAGGAAACUCGGUUAAAGCUUUUGAGCUUUUGAAAGAUGUUCUUCGAAAGGAAAGCUUUCCUUCUGCUGAUUCUAAGAACUUCCGAUUGAUGAAGAAGGCAGUACACAAGCUAUACAAAGAUGAAUCUACUUCUUUGGAUGUGAGGAUACUCAUUGAAGGGGGAUAUGUUCCAUUCAUACAAAGUGUCCAUGACAUUGGGGAGGAUGUGAGGGAAUAACAUAUACUGUUUAUUGAUCUUGGAGAAAGGUUUCCCAGCAUGCUUCAUGCAAGGCUGCCUUCACAUAUAAUGCUUCUGGUUUGAUGACAGCUGGGCUCGCUUGGGCAUGGAAAGGAAUGACAUUUCAGGCGAGCAAGAAAUUGUUGAUACAAAUGCAGGUGAUCAGCAAAACAACCAUGUCACCUGGGUUUUUGGCAGGAGAGAUCAUGCGAGUUGAUACCAGGAGAAAUCCUCACAGGAGGGUUAGUGUUUUGUUGUUGGAGUAAUGAUGCUUCAGUCGCUAUCGAGCAUGUGUCUCGACUGGUGAUACGUGAUGUCCUAUUUGACUUUCGACGUACUAUAAUCACUGGUAGCAUUCGCUUUCACUGA